GUAUUGCGCAGGAUGUCGUCUGAACUACAGACAUUAACCAGACCCUCGUUUGGUGACUGGAGUGACGUUAUGCUAGCUAAUUGCUAACUAUUUGGAUUUCAGGAAAACAGAUAAAAAAGGAUAACAUCAUUUUGGGAUGCUAAUCAGCCGUGAGUCGUAAUAACCUAUGUUUCGUGUACUUACCUGCCGGCCCGUCAUAAGGUUGACCGGGCUUAAACUUGUUGGAUGAUUCUCCUGAAUUAGUAGCUAAAGGGCCCUGAGUCCGCGGUGCUUGGGUGAACGACAACCGGGGAUCACCGCCUUCUGAGAGAGGGAGCAUCGAGCUACAGGCUAGCUAGUAAUACGAGGUUUGAGUUAUUAUCAAGAUUGGCUGCACAGAAACUUCUCCUGAACAUGUCACACACCGGACCCCCUCCUCGAUGGCGGAAUUGUCCCAGAAGAGGACAACCUGUGGCAGGUAAAUUCCUGCCAAUGAAAACGAUGUUGGGACCCAGAUAUGAUGACCAAGUUGCAGAGGAGAACAGGUUUCACCCGAGCAUGCUGUCUAACUAUUUAAAAAGUCUAAAGGUGAAAAUGGGUUUGCUUGUGGAUUUGACGAACACUACGCGUUUUUACGACCGCAACGACAUUGAAAAAGAAGGCAUAAAAUAUUUGAAGCUUCAGUGUAAAGGCCAUGGAGAAUGCCCUUCAAAAGAGACAACUUCAUUGUUCAUUAGGCUCUGUGAAGAUUUCGUCGAGAAGAAUCCCACAGAAUUAAUAGGUGUUCACUGCACGCAUGGCUUCAACCGGACAGGCUUUCUGAUGUGUGCAUACCUGGUGGAGAAGAUGGACUGGAGCAUCGAGGCAGCUGUGGCUGCGUUCUCCCAGGCCCGGGCCCCGGGGAUCUACAAGGGAGAGUACCUCAAAGAGCUUUUCCGUCGCUAUGGCGACGAAGAGGAUGCGCCCCCUGCCCCUGAGCUCCCCGAGUGGUGCUUCGACGACGACGACGAUGGGGAUGUGGAUGACGACGGUAACGCGGUUGGCCAGGAGUCGGGCCCCAGCUCCUCUGGGUCAGCGCCUGGCAAACGAAAGAAGGAGAAGCUAAAACUGGGUGCAGUAUUCCUUGAAGGCAUCACUGUAAAAGGAGUCACACAAGUCACCACACAACCCAAACUAGGAGAGAUCCAAAGAAUGUGUCAGCGGAUGGCCGAGUGGGACAAGUCUGGGUUUCCUGGUGCUCAGCCUGUGUCCAUGGACAGGCAAAACCUUCGUUUCCUGGAACAGAAUCCAUACAAAGUCAGCUGGAAGGCUGAUGGCACAAGGUACAUGAUGUUGAUCAACGGGAAAAAUGAAGUAUUCAUGAUCGACAGGGACAACACGAUCUUCCACAUAGCAAACCUAGAGUUUCCUUUUCGGAAGGAUCCACGUGUUCACCUAUCAAAUACUCUAUUGGACGGGGAGAUGAUCAUCGACAAGGUGAAUGGUCAGCCCGUCCCCCGCUAUUUGAUAUACGACAUCAUCAAAUUCAAUGGACAGCCUGUUGGCCAGUGUGAUUUCGGUAUCCGGCUGUUAUGCAUGGAAAAGGAGAUCAUUUCUCCCCGGAUGGAAAAGAUGAAGACUGGACAGAUUGACAAAACCAAGGAGCCCUUCAGUGUCCGAAAUAAACCCUUCUUUGACAUCCAUGCAGCACGCAAGCUACUGGAAGGCAGCUUCACGUCCCAGGUCAGCCAUGAAGUUGACGGGCUUAUCUUCCAGCCAUGCGGGAGAUACAAGGCUGGGAGGUGUGAUGACAUCCUCAAGUGGAAGCCCCCCAAUCUCAACUCUGUGGACUUUCGCCUCAAGAUCACCAAAGUCGGGGGAGAAGGGCUGCUUCCACAGACUGUCGGCUUGCUCUACGUCGGCAGCUAUGACAGGCCCUUUGCAAAGAUGAAGGUGAGAAAACUUCCUUACAUCCUCCUGCGUUUGUUGUUUCUCUCCCCAGCUGUGUGUAAAAGCAUCCAGGAGCCCGUCACGAAGGAAAUCCUCUUGGAGUACGUGGACCGGUGUGCUCAAGGAGUCCAAGCCCAGAACCGGAAACACCCACCAGACCCAGACUCUGAGCUAAUGCCCCCUCCUCCUCCAAAGAGACCCAACCGGGCCAUCCCAUAGCCCACAGCUGGGCUCUCCGGACUGCUCUACAGUCACAGUGUACAUCUACAUCACCAGCCACAUCAACCCCCCUACAGAAAACGGACAUUUCAAGGCUUUCUUACCCUCAGCACACUUGCUUUAUCAGGCUGUACAUGUAAAGACUCCAGAAACCUUUGAUUGACUGCCUCAACGUCAUAAAUUUACCUUGUAGACUUAUUUGUAGCUUUAAUUGCUGGUGUUCUUAUUAAAAUUAAAAACAUGAUGCUUAGUUUUUUUUCCUAUUUAUCUUUUUUAAAGUCUGAGCUAUUUAUCAACAGGGACAUUGUUAUGGCUACAAAAUAACACCAGACAAUGCAGACCUUGUUUAUGUUUUGUCAACUAGUUCCUUAUUUGUAUUGAAAGAGGAGUAAACAUCAUCAACACUCA